GCCCAGCGAAAGCAGAGUCAACUGCUUCUAUACCUAAAUAAAAAGGAAUAUACAUUAAUAAGGAACCAUGUCAUACUACGAGGACGAGCGCCGCCAUCACCAUCACCAUCACCAUCAUGGUGGACGUCCCAUUGUGGAGGUGGAUAUUGUGCCACCACGUAUUCCACGGCCCGUUGUUGAGAUUGAUGUCGGCUCGCGCUAUCCCUCCUAUCAACAGGAAGUGGUAGAGGUGAUCACACCAGCGGCUGUCUACCAGCCUCCGCCACCACCACGCCCCAUUGUCGAGGUGGAUGUGAUGCGACCCAGUCGACCACUAAUCGAGUUCAACAUUGGCGGACGUCGUCCCCCCCGCGAGGAAGUUGUCAUUGUGGAGCAACAGCGGCCUAUGUGGUAACAACUGGGCGUGGCACUUAAUUGGAAAACCAUUUGAAAAGUUCCUUGAAUAAGUUAAAAAUAAAAUAAAUCAGAGAUAGUAAUUA